AUGACUAAAGGUUCAAUUUACAGUGAAAUAACCCCAUCAGAAUUAGAUCCUAUUGCUAUCAUUGCUCAAAAAUAUAACAAUGAUCCAAGUCCUAAAAAAGUUGACUUAUCAAUAGGUGUUUAUAAACCAGAAAAUGGUGAUGCCAAAUAUACUUUCCCAUCAGUUAAGUUAGCAAAAAAAGAUAUCUUUGAGAAUGAUCAAGGACAUCCAUACCAUUACAUGAGUGGAUGGCCAGAAUUCAUCGCUGGAGCUCAAGAAACUGUUUUCGGUAAAAAUGAUAAAAGUAAUGUUACUUCGAUUCAAACCAUCUCAGGGACCGGAGCUGUCCAUAUUGGUAUUGAAUUCUUAAGAGAACUCGGAUUAACUGAAUUCUAUGUUGGAAAUCCAGCAUGGGGAAACUAUGAAAGUAUGAUUAAAAGUUGUAACAGUAACGUUAACUUUUUCAAUCAUUAUGAUAACGAAACAGGUAAGGCAGAUAUUGAUUCAUUAUUCAAAACUAUUGAUACUAUGCCAACAGAUGGUGUUUUAUUAUUACAAGGAUGUUGUCAUAACCCUACCGGUGCUGAUUACACCAAUGAACAAUGGGAACAAAUAGCUGAAAAGGUUAGAUCAAGAGGAGUUUUUGUUAUGUUUGAUUUAGCUUACCAAGGAUUCGGUUCUGGUGAUAAAGAUAAAGAUGCUUAUGGAGUUCGUCAUUUUCAUAAACAAAAUUUGGAGUUCAUUGUUUGUGAAUCAUUUUCCAAAAAUAUGGGAUUAUAUGGUGAAAGACUUGGAUGUUUACAUGUUGUAAGUAACGAUAAACAAAAUUUAAACAACAUUUCAAAUUUAUUGGUAAACAUUUUCAGAGCACAAUGUUCAUUUGCUCCAUUAUUCGGAGCUAGAAUUGCAUCCAAUAUUUUCAGAGACUUCAAACAACAAUGGGAUGAAGAUGUUUAUGCUGUUUAUGAAAGAUUAUCAGAUUUAAGAAUCAAAAUUGCCGAAAAGUUCAAGAAGUUAGGUACCCCAGGUAAUUGGGAUUCAAUUUUAAAGCAAAAUGGAUUAUUCUGGUUUACCGAUUUAACUCCACAACAAAUUGAUACUUUAAUCAAUGAAUAUCACAUUUAUUUACCAUACAAUGGUAGAUUCAAUGUUGCAGGAUUCAAUAAUGCAAACUUAGAUUACGUUAUCGAAAGUAUUGACGAAGUUGUUAGAAAAUAA